ACACCAACCCCUUUUCCCCUUCCAUUCUUGUUCUACCCGCCCCCUGCGCUCGUUCACAUGCAUUCCUCUCCACCUGUUUGAAACCGACAAAUUCAACUGUGAUCUGUUAUGUUCUCGGUAGAACGAUAGAGAUACUUCAUUCAGCCACAGAAGGGAGUGUGAAGAUACGAAGGAAAAGAGAUACAGGCUUGAGAAAGUCCUCGAACUUUACACUCUCUGGGAAGCGAAAGCAGUGGGUAGCCUAAGUGCCAGCCUACGACUUUAUAUCGAAUUACGCGUGAAGGGAUAUAUUUUUGGAAAUAAAGGAACAAUUCCACUUCUCGUUGAUGUACAAUUGUUGGAGCUGAGAGAAAAGGAAGUUGUGGUGCAGGUAUGAAAGAGAUUCCUAGACACGGUAUGGACUCGCCGAGGAGCCAAUGGGAGCCCGUCAGGAAGCCUCCAUGGAUCGCCCGAUUGACUGGAGGGAGGAGCCCGGCCUCCUCGGGGGCGGAGUCGGACACAGAGGGCAGCAGCACGGAGAGUGAAAAGUCCCGCUCAAGACACUCCGACUCGGGUUCUAUGAAGGUCGCGACCUCUCCGUCUAUGUUGCAGCAGCGAAUCACAGAGAUCGACCAGCAGAGGGAGGAGCUUAAGAUUGAGCUGCAGCUGGAGAUUGCGCUGCUGCAGGGGGAGCUGCAGACGGAGCGGGCGCUCCUGUGCAGGGACACGCAGCAGCUGCAGGCGCUGCAGGAGCACGGCACCCAGAGGGGGACGGGCAGACGGGCCUCCAGACAGAAGGAGCACGUGCGUUUGGAAGAGGAGCGGGAGCGUGUGGAGGAGCUGAAAAGGAGGUGUGAGGAGCAGGAGAGACUCAUUCCCUCCCAGCCGGAGAGCCAAAGAGAGCAGCUGCUGCUCCAGCUGCAACAGGAGAAGGAGGCAGCGGAGGCUGCUGCUCGGGCCUUUGAGGACUGGGAGUUCCGUGUCCUGGAGCAGGAGAGUGGGAUCGACAGCGAGCCAGUGGAGGGAGAGAAGGAGAGCAAGAGCAAAGGAGAGAUGGAGAGGGACGUCUACAGACAGCAGCACGCUGUCAGCAAUACACAGGAGCGGGUCCAACAACUGGAGAAGCAGUUGAGAGAGAUGGAGAGAGAGAAGGAUAGGCAGAUGAAUGCACUGAGGCAAGAGAGACGAGAGCUGCUGCAUGCAUGUCAAAGGAUUUUGAAAGAGAAGAAACCACUUUCCAAUUGGGCCAAUAUCCCCGGCUCCACCCCCUGCAUGAUGUCGAUGUCCCCGCUAACCAAUCACAAAGUAGCACAGGAGAGCAGCAAGGACACGGCCAGUCUGCCCCGCAGACGCACAACUCAUCGGGGGAAAGUCUCAGACAGACCCCUCUCCACGCAGGGCAUAGUGAGGAUGCACCACGACGGCCUGUCCCCAGAGAUGAUGACGCCCCCACGGCCCCUCUCCUCUUCCUCCCAUCGCCACAGCAACGGCCACGCCAACGGCCACUGGAACACCUAUGGCUACGGCAACGGUUUCCUCACGCCGUGCAACAGCGCCAACAGCUCGCGGGCCCCCAGUCCAAGUCUACUUGAUCUUGUUGAGAUUGAGAGGAAACUACGUGAGGCAAAAGCAGAGAGGGAGCGUUUACUAAAGGAAAGGGAGGAAUGGCGGCAGCAGGCCACAGACGACAGGCAGCAGAAGGAGCUGGAGUCCCUCAGCACAGAGGGGGAGCAGGCCAAGAGCGAGGUCACGGCAGAGACAGACGCAGAGGAGCUACCUCUCAGCACCCCACUCCCAAACUCCCCAGAGCAGGGUGUCCCUCUGUCCUUCUCGCCGAACUUUGACCUCCGUGCUCACGUUGAGUCUUUGGGGCACGGCGUGGCCAGCUGUUUGGGCGUCCGGCUGUUGCCACGGCGAUGCGGAGGCUUCCUGACGAAGCGUGGCGGGCGGGUGAAGACCUGGAGGAGGAGGUGGUUCCUGUUCGACCUGGACCACCGCAGAUUAGCCUACUAUACUGACCAAGAUGAGAAGAAGCUGAAGGGAGUCAUCUACUUCCAGGCCAUAGAGGAAGUCUAUUAUGACCACUUACGCACAGCCACCACAUCUCCUCGACCAAGUCUGACGUUUUGUGUGAAGACGUACGAGCGGCUCUUCUACCUGGUCGCUCCGAGCCCCGAGGCCAUGAGAAUCUGGAUGGACGUCAUAGUUACAGCAACAGACGAGCACUGCAGGUACUGACAGGUGACUCUCGCCACGGACAAGUCAGGGGAAGGAACCUUCUCCCGAACUUCCACUACAGCCACCCUGGUUAGGCAUCUGCUAGGCCAGCCAAGGAGCUCUGGGUCCAGUGGGCCCUCAGAGGGACAGAGGGGAGUCAGCGCCAGCCCCGGGACUUAUGAUAUACAGUCCAUAUUUCUGCACUUCACAUGUCUACACAUGCGGGUCCCCUUGGGGACCUGGAGAACUUCUUUUCCCUCUGUUUUUGAGUCGGAGAGAGCGCAGAGUGCUGUCCCUGUGCUGUGCCUCCUCCCUCCUCCCUCCUCCUCUUCUGGAAAGUCCCAUUUGCGUUCCACAGGGUCUUGGCAUGAGGACGUCACAAAAAUGCAGAGACCUUUGGGACUGGGAUUCCAUCAUGGGCAGAGGGUGAGAAAGAACAGAGGAGACUGAUGUCCACUGAGAGGCCUUAGGCUGGUAUUUAUGUUUACAUGAACCUAAUGGAAGGGGUGUUUUGAGGACAAAGAAUGACACGGGGUUAUGAGGAGCCGGGUUACAGAGUGCCAAAUGGAGCAGGAAACACAAAGUCAGCUUCCAGCUGCUUCGCUGAUGACUGGGUCUUUCUGUGGUGUGGUUGGCCUGUCCACAGGGCUCACACUGUUUAGAAAGGUGGUGUUUGAGCUCCCUCUAGUGGUGCUGCCAAGUAUAACUUGUUUCCCCUUAAAGAGCACAUACACAAAUACUACAGUACAUCUCUGCUGACAAGAUAAAGGAUUGAUCUUUUAGGUCUGUCAGCACUGUACAGUGUAAGGUUAUUAUUAUUAUUAUUAUUAUUAUUAUUAUUGUGUGUUGUUGUUAUUGUUGGUGUUUUUAAGUGUAAUAAAAACUUUUGUGAAAACAA